AUGGAGGACCGCUGCCGCUUUCUGCACCCUGCUGUCACACCUCCGAUAGACGAUACUCUGGCCCAUAACCCCCAACCUCGAGACCCUCAUUCUCGAGACCCUCAGCCUCGAAACCCUCAGCAUCAAAACCCUCAGCCUCGAGACCCUCAGCAUCAAAACCCUCAGCCUCGAAACCCUCAGCCUCGAGACCCUCAGCCUCGAGACCUUCAGCCUCGAAACCUUCAACCCCGCGGACCUCCACCUCGAGGUCCUGAUUUCAGCAGGGAUCUGAAACUGAGCGAGUUAACAGAGGAAAUGGUCCAGAAGUUGAGACUGACAGAGAUCCAGCAGCUGAAGAAACGCUUCCCCAAAGAUCUGAUCGUUCAGGAGCAACAGGACAAGGCUUAUUACAGAGCUGCUGUCGUGGCCUCAGACCCAGACUGGCCUUUUGAUCUGAAGGAAGUUGACGUCAUGGUGAGCUUUCCGGACAACUAUCCUGAGGAGAUUUUUACUUUAGAGAUUCCUCUGGAUCAGCAGCUGCCACAGGUCAUGGCGAGGCACGUUCAGGAAGCCUCGGUGCAGUGGCUACGAGCUAAACACGCCACCAAUCAACUCCUGGGGAAAGUCGAGCUCCUGUUUCGUCCGUUUCUGCGAUGGUUGGACCGCAGCCUGGAGCGGCUCUUCAUAGAAGGAGCUAAACAGCUGAAGAGGGACAUGGAUUUGGAAAAGGCUGGACUCCAGUUUAUAUCGUAUAAAGAACUUCAGGCGGCUGUGAGCGAGAAACAGGCCGAGGAAGAAGAGUCGGGGAGAACAGAGGAGCAGGCGGAACAAGGCGAGGAGGCGGAGUCUCAACACCCAGAGGAGGAGGAGGAGGAGGAGGGUGAGGAGGAUGAGGAGGAUGAAGAUGGCGUCCAUUUGGUGGAGAACAUCCGCCUCCAGGACCGCCCCAAAGGAACGGAGAUCCAGCUGCUCGGUCUGAGGCUCGGACACAACACCGUCACCGUCAUGACACAAAAGAUCACAGUCUGCCUUCGCUGUAACAGGUGUAAAGUGAGUGCGGAGCUGAGCUUGUCCCGUGGCGCCCAGUGUUCAGCUCAGUGUGAGAAGUGCAGCUCAGACAUCAGAGCAGCCUUCACGGCCGCCAUCCUGCACCCGUACAGCACCGUGCUGGGAUACCUGCAGCUGCACAACACCACGGCCCUGGACCUGCUGCUCAACCGCUGCCUCUUCUCUGUGGGCUGUCUGAGCUGCUCCCAGGACACUGCUGUGGAGAAUCUCUCUUAUGGUCUGACGAAGGAGUUCAACUGUGAGCACUGCCACGAGAAGCUCAGCAUUAUGGUCGAAAGUGCAAGAUUUCUGCUGAUUCAGGCUCGCACCAACACGGGUCCCAGCACCAACACUGUGCAUCUGAAGAACAUACGUGACCCUGCUGUGGUGAAAGGGAAGCCGCUGCCGGACAAAGGCAUUUGCAAACACUACAGACAGAGUCACCGCUGGCUCAGGUACCUCAGGACCUCCCACAGACCUCAGGACCUCCCACAGACCUCAGGACCUCCCACAGACCUCAGGACCUCCCACAGACCUCAGGACCUCCCACGGGCCUCAUGUCCUCCUACAGGCCUCAGGACCUCCCACGGGCCUCAGGACCUCCCACAGACCUCAGGACCUCCCACAGACCUCAGGACCUCCCACAGACCUCAGGACCUCCCACGGGCCUCAUGUCCUCCUACAGGCCUCAGGACCUCCCACAGACCUCAGGACCUCCCACAGACCUCAGGACCUCCCACAGACCUCAGGACCUCCCACAUACCUCAGGACCUCCCACAGACCUCAGGGCCUCCCACGGGCCUCAGGACCUCCCACAGACCUCAGGACCUCCCACAGACCUCAGGACCUCCCACAGACCUCAGGGCCUCCCUCAGACCUCAGGACCUCCCACAGACCUCAGGGCCUCCCACGGGCCUCAGGACCUCCCACAGACCUCAGGACCUCCCACAGACCUCAGGGCCUCCCACAGACCUCAGGGCCUCCCACAGACCUCAGGACCUCCCACAGACCUCAGGACCUCCCACAGACCUCAGGACCUCCCACAGACCUCAGGGCCUCCCACGGGCCUCAUGCCGAGGACCUCUGUGUCAGACUGAGGACCUCUCUGUUAGACUGAGGACCUCUGUGUCAGGCCGAGGACCUCUGUGUCAGGCCGAGGACCUCUCUGUUAGACUGAGGACCUCUGUGUCAGAGUUCCCCUGCUGUGGCAGAGUGUACCCGUGUGACCUCUGCCACGAUGCGGACCAGGACCAUCCCAUGGAGCUGGCGACGAGAAUGAUCUGUGGGUUCUGCGCCAAAGAACAGACAAAAGUUCAGACAAGUACAGAGGGCGAGACCACAGAGGGCGAGACCACAGAGGGCGAGACCACAGAGGGCGAGACCACAGAGGGCGAGACCACAGAGGGCGAGACCACAGAGGGCGAGACCACUGAGGGCGAGACCACUGAGGGCGAGACCACUGAGGGCGAGACCACUGAGGGCGAGACCACUGAGGGCGAGACCACAGAGGGCGAGACCACAGAGGGCGAGACCACAGAGGGCGAGACCACAGAGGGCGAGACCACAGAGGGCGAGACCACUGAGGGCGAGACCACAGAGGGCGAGACCACUGAGGGCGAGACCACUGAGGGCGAGACCACUGAGGGCGAGACCACUGAGGGCGAGACCACUGAGGGCGAGACCACUGAGGGCGAGACCACUGAGGGCGAGACCACUGAGGGCGAGACCACUGAGGGCGAGACCACUGAGGGCGAGACCACUGAGGGCGAGACCACAGAGGGCGAGACCACUAAGGGUUGGUUUGUGCGACGUCAGUUGGUGUGUGUGCGACGUAAGUUGGUGUGUGUGACGUCAGUUGGUGUGUGCGACGUCAGUUGGUGUGUGCGACGUCAGUUGGUGUGUGUGCGACGUCAGUUGGUGUGUGCGACGUCAGUUGGUGUGUGCGACGUCAGUUGGUGUGUGCGACGUCAGUUGGUGUGUGCGACGUCAGUUGGUGUGUGCGACGUCAGUUGGUGUGUGCGACGUCAGUUGGUGUGUGCGACGUCAGUUGGUGUGUGCGAUGUCAGUUGGUGUGUGCGACGUCAGUUGGUGCGUGUGACGUCAGUUGGUGUGUGUGACGUCAGUAUGUGUGUGUGUGACGUCAGUUGGUGUGUGCGACUUGGUGUGUGUGACGUCAGUUGGUUUGUGCGACGUCAGUUGGUGUGUGUGACGUCAGUUGGUGUGUGCGACGUCAGUUGGUGUGUGCGACGUCAGUUGGUGUGUGCGACGUCAGUUGGUGUGUGCGACGUCAGUUGGUGUGUGCGACGUCAGUUGGUGUGUGUGACGUCAGUUGUUGGUGUGUGCGACGUCAGUUGGUGUGUGCGACGUCAGUUGGUGUGUGUGAAGUCAGUUUGUGUGUGUGACGUCAGUUGUUGGUUUGUGCGACGUCAGUUGGUGUGUGUGACGUCAGUUGGUGUGUGUGACGUCAGUUGGUGUGUGCGACGUCAGUUGGUGUGUGCGACGUCAGUUGGUGUGUGCGACGUCAGUUGGUUUGUGCGACGUCAGUUGGUGUGUGUGCGACUUGGUGUGUGCGACGUCAGUUGGUGUGUGCGACGUCAGUUGGUGUGUGCGACGUCAGUUGGUGUGUGCGACGUCAGUUGUUGGUUUGUGCGACGUCAGUUGGUGUGUGUGACGUCAGUUGGUGUGUGUGACGUCAGUUGGUGUGUGCGACGUCAGUUGGUGUGUGCGACGUCAGUUGGUGUGUGCGACGUCAGUUGGUUUGUGCGACGUCAGUUGGUGUGUGUGCGACGUAAGUUGGUGUGUGUGACGUCAGUUGGUGUGUGCGACGUCAGUUGGUGUGUGCGACGUCAGUUGGUGUGUGCGACGUCAGUUGGUGUGUGCGACGUCAGUUGGUGUGUGCGACGUCAGUUGGUGUGUGCGACGUCAGUUGGUGUGUGCGACGUCAGUUGGUGUGUGCGACGUCAGUUGGUGUGUGCGACGUCAGUUGGUGUGUGCGACGUCAGUUGUUGGUGUGUGCGACGUCAGUUGGUUUGUGCGACGUCAGUUGGUGUGUGUGACGUCAGUUGGUGUGUGCGACGUCAGUUGGUGUGUGCGACGUCAGUUGGUGUGUGCGACGUCAGUUGGUGUGUGCGACGUCAGUUGGUGUGUGCGACGUCAGUUGGUGUGUGCGACUUGGUGUGUGUGACGUCAGUUGGUGUGUGCGACGUCAGUUGGUGUGUGCGACGUCAGUUGGUGUGUGUGACGUCAGUUGGUGUGUGUGACUUGGUGUGUGUGACGUCAGUUGGUGUGUGUGUGACGUCAGUUGGUGUGUGUGUGACGUCAGUGGGUGUGUGUGACUUGGUGUGUGUGACGUCAGUUGGUGUGUGUGACGUCAGUUGGUGUGUGCGACGUCAGUUGGUGUGUGCGACGUCAGUUGGUGUGUGUGACAGUUACUUUGACACCCAUGUGGUUGUUUCACAGAGCUAUGGGAACGGAAAGCCGUGUGUGAGCUGCGGCGGCAUGAUGACCCGAGCGGCUCGCAGCUGUCACUGGGAGGGAGGCCAGGGCUGCCGCAGUAAAGUCAGAAUGUGCAGAAACGAUCGUCAAAAAUAUGCAAACACCAAUAAGACAAUUUCCCGGAAAGCAGCAAGUGAAAAAUAA